GGGCCAUUGAACCGCGGCUUGACUGGGCCCGACAGCAGGCUAGUGGCUACUACUACGUCAAUAACUUUGCCCCGUCGGAAUAUAUUUGAGUAGGCCUUUUCACACUGAGGACCCUUCUGGGCUCGCCAACAUCCAUACCCAAGUACGUCCACACUGGCCCUUGCGUGUAGUUCACAACACGCUUCAGGUUCUUCUCCUCACCCUCACGUCCUCACGAGUUCGAUGCCCACUGUUCCCCCAACAUGUGUUUCACUUACUAGUUUGGAGGAUGAAGGUGUCAUGUCAGGCGUGUUCUCUAGCCAGAUCUCUAUUGGCACAUCUCCGAAUGGUCCGACACCGGACCCUGACUUGGAUGACGUUGAAUUGGUGCCCGUUGUGACAGGCGAUGGAAUGGGCGCGAUCACCGAGUCGAUCUCUCUGGGGAAAGCACCAAAUCACAGAAACAGAGAGAUGUCGAUGAAGAUGAAGCCCCGCUUGAGUCUAGGCGAUAUCUCCCUACACUCACCGUCUUCCAUCCUCGGCACUCCCUUCGACGUAUCCUCUCCAAAGUUCGAAUACCCUUUCCCUCUCACUGUCCCAGAGUCCGGGAUCAUUACUCCGCCUUCCUCUAUCCCGUCGAUCAGUUCUCCGCUUUCGUUUUUCCCCGAUUCGAAUCAUUCGAUCAUGUCUUCCGCACUUCCGCCUUCCAUGCCUAACCAUACACCCAAGAGCCAUCAGCCGUCUACUCACAUGAGACUGCCGUCGCGCGAUCCGCCAGUGCCUCCGGGGUUGGCGAAGAAACGACGGAGUGUUGUCCUUAUCAACCCUCCUGUGCGGCAGAGAGUUAGGGUACGGAGUCCAAGCGUAGCUAUACCCCCAAUGAAGGAGAAGUCGGCGGGAGAGAAGGUCUCAAGCAGGUCGAUCAGCGUGGAGAGGAAACUUCAAGGUGAAAUCGUGAUACCCGAAAACGUUGUUAAUAAGGCCGGGCCAAUGCCAUCAAUGGACGCUCAAGCUGUCGAAGUAAAGUGCUUGUGAAACAAACAACCUCGUCCAUCUUCUCUUCCCUCACUCAUUUUCUCUUCCCUCACUCAUUUUCUCUUCCCUCACUGUCUCAUAUUGUCUUUCAUGAUGCUACAUACACGACGGCGUCACGAACAUUCUAUUCCCCUCCUUCCGCAGGCUUGCGUAUCUUAUUGCACACAAUCAACCCCGAUCAUACUGGCCAGCACUAUGGAAACCCUAAAUCUUCAUAUGCUGAGCUUUCCUGGUUUUGGUUUAUAUCUUUCCGCUUGAUAUCUCUUCGUAUUGCUUUUCUUUCUUGGUUCUCUUGGUUCAUGUAUAACAUGUCUUGUAUCAACAUCCCACAAUCGCUUUCUUGGUCUCCGUCAUUCAUUCCCUUCCUCACGUAGACGUUACUUAUUUAAACACACACAAACACACACACAUUCCCUUUAUCUCUGUAUCACAUUAUCAUUUCACAGUCUUUCGUUCGGUAACUUUAUCAAAAACCUCCCCUUUCAUUUACAUACACACGUCAUACAUCCUCCUCAUCUGUCUUUUCCUCUCAUUUUGGGCUUUUCGUCUUGGGUUUUCAGUUUCGUCAUGUCAUGUAGUAACCAGUAAACACGUAGGAUUACUCAAACACACCACACAUCAUUCUUUC